AUGUUCUUGCCCUCUAAGAAGGACCUUAAGACUGCCCUGGAGGUCUUUGCUGUUUUUCAGUGGCCCCUAAGUGUCUUUCUUAUUGUAAUCACCGUAAUCUUUGUCAACCUGUACCUGGUGGUGUUCACAUCGUACUGGCCGGUCACUGUGCUCAUUCUCACCUGGCUGGCUUAUGACUGGAAGACCCCUGAGCGAGGUGGCCGCCGGGUUACCUCUGUGAGGAAUUGGCGCCUGUGGAAACACUACUGUGAUUACUUCCCCCUCAGGCUGUUGAAGACUCAUGAUAUCUCCCCCAGCGACAACUAUAUCCUUGUCUGCCAUCCUCAUGGGGUCUUGUCCCACUCGUGGUUUGGCCAGUUUGCCACAAACGGCUUAUGCUUCUCCAAGAUCUUUCCUGGUAUCACCCCUUAUGUUCUCACACUGGGAGCCUUUUUCUGGGUGCCGUUGCUCAGAGACUAUGUCAUGUCUUCAGGGACCUGCUCUGUGAGCCAAUCCUCCAUGGACUUUCUGCUUACCCACAGAGGCACAGGCAACAUGCUGAUUGUGGUGGUUGGUGGCCUGGCUGAGUGCAAAUACAGCCUUCCAGGCUCUACCACCCUGGUCUUGAAGAACCGAACUGGCUUUGUACGCAUGGCCCUUCGGCAUGGAGUGCCUCUAAUCCCUGCCUAUGCCUUUGGGGAGGCAGACCUCUACAGUCAGCACAUUUUCACUCCUGGGGGCUUGGUGAAUCGAUUCCAGAAGUGGUUCCAGAGUAUGGUACACAUCUACCCUUGUGCUUUCUAUGGACGUGGCUUCACUGAGAACUCCUGGGGCUUACUGCCCUAUGCUCAGCCUGUAACCACCAUCGUUGGGAAGCCUCUACCACUGCCCAAGAUCGAGAACCCGAGCCAGGAGACUGUGGCUAAAUACCACGCACUCUAUACUGAUGCCCUACGCAAACUGUUUGACCAGCAUAAGACCAAGUUUGGCAUCUCAGAGACCCAGGAACUGGUGAUAGUUUGA